CUAAAGUUGGGCGUUCACUAACCGUCCAUGUGACGUCACAUCUAAAGGGAAUUCUGGUUCAGUCAGUCAGUACCCUAUAUAACCGGCUGUUAUCUCCAAUGCUGGAGUCACAACUGCAGCAGACACAGGAGAUCUCGAAAACUGUCUUUUCUAUCUAACGACAUGUCUUCAUACGCGUCUUCAGACUUUCCUCGCGUCAGUCCCGCCAGCGGCGUCAAAUUCGAUACGGCGCACCGCAAGAAAGCGUCGCCAAACAUCUUUGAGAACAUCAACCAGGACGUGUUGGUGAAACUCUUCGAGAAAGCUGGAGACCUGAAGGCGGUGGAGAGAGCCAGGAGCAUCCUCACGCUGUACCAGGAUCCUGAGGGAAUCUCUAAAGCACUUAUGGCUCUUAAGCAGGACAAGAAGGACAAAUUUAUGCUUAUUACUGGACUGACGCGCCAGUCGCUGAAGUUUCGUUGAGGGAAGUUUUCGUCUAAGUUCUCGUCUUUUAGCACAGAUAAAAAGACCGUGAGGACUCGGCACUCAUGCUGAAGGGUGUUGUUCAAGACUUCGUGCUGAACUUGAGAUGGUGUCCUCCUAUCAGAGUCAUAUUGGUGUGCUGUGAAAAUAAAGAACUGAUCCAGUGACUGACCGGAUCCAGAGCGACGAAGUUUGAGCCUGAAGACACCCGAGUGACGUGUUGAUGCUUCUUGACGCAGAACAUUUGAA